UCCGCCUCGACGACGACGACGACGAUGACGGCAGCGACCCUGGACCUGCUCCACGACGUGGUCGAGUACCGCCUCACGAAGCGCGACAUCGCGUCGGUGCUCGAGCUCAACGACGGCAACGUCGCGCGCACGAUCGACGAGCUCCUCUCGAUGCUCAAGAUCCAGGACAUGGAGCGCAAGGCGUCGAUCGACACGACCAAUGAUGCCGUUGUCGCUGCCGACUCGAAGCUGCAGUGGGACCUCUUCCUCGCGGAAAUGGGCGCGCAUGGCCUGGACGAGGCCACGUGCACGGGCCUCUUGCAAGCGCUUCAAGACACGUGCGGCGGUGACCACGUCGCCUCGUCGACCAUUGUGCACGAGCUUCUCGCAGCGAUGGACGACGCGCCCAAGGAAGAAGACCAUCCGAUUGUCGCUCUCCAAGAGCAAUUUCCGCACAUCCGCAACGACCUCAUCGCCAAAAUCUUGGAGCAAAACGAGUACGACGUCGCCGCGACGGCCAAAGCGCUGACGGAAACGGGCCACUUGCUCAACGCCCACGGAAGCCUCGAGAAUUACAGCUAUGCGUCGAUGGCCAAAGGCCCCACGCAUACGGCGACGACGGCGCCACCCUCGGCCAAGAACUUUCCCACGUUGCAGCCGCGCCGCAGCUCGAAACGCCGAGUCGUGCAGUGGGGCACGCAUGCGGCCAAUAAUGCGUGGGCGACCAACGACCAGGCGCUGCCGACGGGCACGCCGGGAUCGCUCUCGACCAAGCUCAAGCUCGAGUACCUCCAGAAACGUCUUCCGAACGUUGAUGCCGACAUUCUGUGCACGGCGCUGCUGCUCAACAAUGCCAACUUGGAGACGACGGAAGCGAUUGUGUCGUCGAUUUUCAACAUACCGCCCGCAUCGAGACCGAGCUCCAACCAGGACGAGCAACCACCCAAGUACCACCCGCCACGGCACCGACGUCGCGACGAGGCGCCGGACGGCUUUGCGCAGUACCAAGCACGAACCGAAGCGCUCAUUGAAGAGUUGCAGCAGACGCACUCGGCGGCGGUUCGAUCGUUUGGUAGCGGCAAGCUCAACCACCACUUGGGUCGGGAUAAAAUGCUAUGCGUCUCGGCGCUGCGGCGGGAGCUCCAGAUCACACGCGAGCAAGCUGCAUAUGCCUUUUUCAACGAGAACAAGCAUCUCGUCAAGGCCGGCAAGACCGUCGACAUGCACGGGCUCUUUCUGCAGGAAGCACUGCAUGUGCUCGAGUAUUGCUUGGACUAUGCCAAGAAAAGCCGCGUGCGCAAGUUUAUGGUGGUCACGGGCGUCGGCAACCACGCGACCAAGCCCGGCAAGAUGUUCAACAGCAUCGACGCGUCGCUCGCGCGUCGUGGCGUCAAGUACACCAAGGGCCCGGGCCAUUUUGUCAUCCAGCCUUUUUUUCAAACCACUGCCUAGGAUAGGCACAAAGUUUCGUGUUCGGCAUAUAUACCUACAUAAACCUUCGAUUCGAAUCAUGGGACGUCC